CAGUAAGGAUAUAAUCCUACAGCAUAUUAGUUUGUCUCCAAAAAUUUGUAGGUUUUGUGGGACUGUCAUUUGAUUCCUUCCAAUGUUCAGAAGCCCUUGCAGAAAUGUCUUCCAACAGAGUGAGUACUCCUAAUUAACCUGAUUUUUUGGUGGUAAUCACACACAAUGGAAUCAAAUAAAAAAUCCGGGGAUGGAUUGACCGGCUCACAGAAAGAAGCUGCCCUACGCACUUUAAUUCAGCGCACAGGAUAUAGUUUGAUUCAGGAAAAUGGUCAACGAAAAUAUGGAGGGCCGCCACCUGAUUGGAAUGGGCCACCACCAGAACGAGGCUCUGAGAUUUUCAUUGGAAAACUUCCCCGAGAUCUCUUUGAAGAUGAACUCAUUCCAUUAUGUGAAAAAAUUGGUAAAAUCUAUGAGAUGCGGAUGAUGAUGGAUUUCAGUGGAAAUAAUCGAGGAUAUGCUUUUGUAACAUUCUGUAACAAACAAGAGGCAAAGAAUGCAAUCAAGCAACUGAACAAUUAUGAAAUUCGGGAUGGUCGGUUACUCGGCGUUUGUGCCAGUGUGGACAACUGCCGCUUAUUUGUAGGAGGAAUACCAAAAGCCAAGAAGAGGGAAGAAAUUUUAGCUGAGAUGCGGAAAGUGACGGAAGGUGUGAUUGAUGUCAUUGUGUACCCCAGUGCAGCUGAUAAAGCAAAAAACCGGGGAUUUGCAUUUGUGGAAUAUGGAAGCCACCGAGCAGCAGCUAUGGCAAGACGAAAACUGCUUCCAGGACGGAUACAGUUAUGGGGACAUCCGAUUGCUGUAGAUUGGGCAGAACCAGAAGUUGAGGUUGAUGAAGAUACAAUGUCAUCCGUUAAAAUCCUCUACGUGAGAAAUCUUAUGUUAACUACUGCUGAAGAAACAAUUGAAAAAGAAUUCAACAACAUUAAGCCAGGUUCAGUGGAACGGGUGAAGAAAAUUAGAGACUAUGCGUUUGUGCACUUUAAUAAUCGAGAAGAUGCGGUGGAAGCCAUGAAAAUCUUAAAUGGGAAGGUGGUGGAUGGCUCUCCCAUUGAAGUCACCUUAGCAAAGCCGGUUGACAAAGACAGUUAUGUUAGAUACACCAGAGGCACAGGAGGUCGAGGAGCAGCAUUGCCAGAAUUUACUUACACCUUUGGCCAUGUCUAUGAUCCUGCCACAGCUUACCUAGGAGCUCCAGUUUUCUAUGCACCACAAGCCUAUGCUACCAUUCCUGGCCUUCAUUUCCCUGCUGCUAAAGGCCAUCUCACCAACAGAGGCAUUAUUAGACCUUCAACCAUUAGAGAAAUUUACAUGAAUGUACCUGUAGGGGCUGCUGGAAUUAGAGGAGUAGGAGGUCGAGGCUACUUGGCUAACCCUGCCCUGGGUCGCGGAUACCAGCUUAAAGGAGAAAAAAGAGGGGAGGACAAACUCUAUGAUCUUUUGCCUGGAAUGGAGCUUACGCCGAUGAACCACGUCAGUUUAAAGCCACAAGGAAUUAAACUUGCUCCACAGAUAUUAGAAGAAAUUUGCCAGAAGAAUAACUGGGGACAACCUGUUUACCAACUUUAUUCUGCUGCUGGACAAAACCAAAGACAACUCUUCUUAUAUAAAAUCACUAUACCUGCCCUUGUCACUCAAAAUCCUACAAUGCAUCCCUUCACACCACCAAAGCUAAGUGCAUAUGUAGAUGAAGCCAAAACAUAUGCAGCAGAACAUACUCUUCAGGCAUUGGGGAUUCCCACUGAAGGAGCAGAAAACUCUGCCACCAAUGUACCAUUUCCUGGAUAUAUUGCUAACACAGCUGCCACUGUCGCAGCUACCCAGCUUAAGCAAGCAGUGAAUCUAGGACAAGAUUUGGCAACCUACACAGCUUAUGAAGCUUAUCCAGCCUUUGCGGUAGCUACUCGUAAUGAUGGUUAUGGAGCCUUUUAAAUAUAUAUAUAUAUAUAUUUAAAUAUAUAUUUACAUGUACGUGCAUACAGUACAUACCUCCAGCUUUAUUUAAAUAUCUCUUUUUCAUUUCUUAAGCUGUGACUGGAAUAGGAGCUAUUCCAGGUUAAUUAUAAGUCACCCUUAAUUAUUCUCAAUUGAUGGUAAGGCAUAAUUUGAUAUGGCAAGAAUUCUUUGCUUUAGUUUAACAAGGUUGACAAGCUGUACUUUUUUUAAAAAGCCUUUAAAGUGGGGAAAAAUUAUCAUAACUAGAAAGGAAAGAAAACUUUUUCAGAGGAGUGUCUGUCUCUCUGUGUGUACGGUAUUUAUAUGUAUCCUUGAUGGCAAUUUUCAACAAUUACCACUUUCAAUAACACUUUUAGUAGUAUUGUUGAAAGUAAUAGCUUGUAAUAGCUUCAUAACUUCAAAGUCUUUACACUUUUAGGAGUGGAAAGCUCUUUGAAGUUGUGAAGCUAUUAUAUUUCUGAUUUUCUUGUCGUAAAAUGUUUUGUACAGCUACAAAAUUGGAAUAGCCGGAUUGCCACGACCCUAGGAACAUAUGGUAGAAAAUAUGUGAAUGCAUUUACAAUGUUGCUGCCAGUGUUAAGCUGAUCUUGGGCAAGAUGCCCCAUAUAGUGAAGAUAGGGACACACAAACACAGUUUCAGGCAAUUCUUUAAUUGUUUCUUUCAAUUUUCCUCUCCUAGCACCAUUUUUCUCUUAUUUCUUGUUCAGUAUAAUGCGUGUGCAUAUGUACUAGUAAAAGAGUAGUACGUUUUUACUAAAAGAGCACCCUCUGCAAAGAAUGAAUUCAAUUUCCUUUUCCAUGUGCUGCAAUUAUCUCUCUUCUAUUAUUUGCCUUUUUAAAGAAGUAUAUUAUGUGCCAAAACAUAUUUAAGGUCACUUGAAGUUUGACUCUUAGCAGUUAAUCUAACUUCUGUUGGUAAAAGUGUGGUUGUAACCAUCUGCACUGGUCACAACCAAUAACAAAAUCUAGACCACAGUCCUAUACAUAUCUUUGCAGAUAUUCAUCCUAUUGAAUUGAAAAAGUCUUAUUCUCAAUAUCAACCCAUUGAAAUUAGGCUUUUAAGUGCAACUUUGAGUUGGGUUGGUACCACUGUUCAUUAGCAAUAUAACUUCUCAUAAAAAUAAGCUGAGAUGAAUUCAGUGGGACCUGCUUCUAAGUAGACAUAUUAAAAAAUGAACGAUUUCUAAGAUGUACAUUACAAAGUAUAGUUUUCUGUCUGAGUUUUAAAACUGACCAUUUCUUAAAUCUAAAAAUAAUGUUUCUGUCAUUAUCUCAAGACAAGAAAAUCUGAGCUUAAAAUAUGAUAACAUAUUCAGUUCUGAAGACAUAUUCAGUUCUAUGUCUUCAGAACUGAAGACAAAUUAAUUCUAAGAAUUCAUAAUUAUUUUUUGGACUAAGUCAAAAAAAUAUUUUGGAAUCAUAGUUUGAAUUAUCCAAGGAGGUCAGACAAGUGCAUUUUUAUUCUGAAGCAAAUCCCGAGUAUUCUGUUAUAGUUACUAGAAGGGAAUUAUAUCAAAUUUCCAUUUAGACUGCCAUUACAAGUUAUCUUUUAAUUGAAUUUUGGAGUAUGUGUUUCAUUUUAAUAUUUUAGUAAACCAGAUGAAAAUAUUCAUCAACUAAAUUGCAUAUCUGACAUAAAAUAGUUCUAUUUUCAAUCUUAUUUAGCUACCAGUAGUUUAUUUGCAUAUGGAUUUCAAAGAAAGUAAAAAAUUUCUGUAUCCCUCAGCGAAAACCAAAGCAGAUCUGAAAAAAUGCCAAUACAUAUGAAAUUAAGGUUGAAUUUUGAUGUGAAUUAUACACACAACCCACAUUUUUCCAAAUUUAAUAGCUAAUUUGGCUCUCUUUUUUUCUUUGUUCAUAAAAUAUAUUCAUGAAAAGUCGCAAAUUAUAAAAGUUUAUUCCUUUCUGAUGUUAUUGCGAAUCAUCAUGAGAAUAGAAGGAGCAACUUGAUGGGUUCUUAGCAACUCUGCCAUGUCAAAGUGAUUUUUCUAAUCAGAGCUCCAGCAAUGCUCUUUAUUGCUUGUUUGGCACAUAUUCCACUUGCCAAGUUCUUGGCUCAUUUCAGUUUCUCUUCUUGUAAAUGAUUCUUCUUUAUGAUUGAGUUUGAAGAGUCUCUCUGUCCCUCCCAGAUGUGUGGGUUACACAACUAUUAUCAAGCUGAUUGGGGGAAUCUGAACUUGUAUCUCGACCUUCUCAAAUCAAAGGUCAACAUUAAGAACUACUGAUACAUAAAUAUAGUUUAGGCCAGGGGUGUCCAACUUUGACAACUUUAAGACUUGUGGACUUCAACUCCCAAAAUUCUCCAGCCAGCUGGCUGAGGAACUUAGGGAAUUGAAGUCCACAGGUCUUAAAGCUGCCAAGGUUGGACACCCCUGGUUUAGGCUAUUCACUAUUGGACAAUAGUGUUGAUUAAAAUGGACCAUGAGAUAACUACCAGUAGCUAUUAUGAAUAUUCAUUGAAUGUGGGUGACAAACCAUCACAGGUGCCUGUUCUAAAUGUGAUGAUGCCAAAAGAAUGAAAUAUGUAUCACAUAUUUCACAAAUAUGUAAAUGUAUCACAUCGCAACACAUUUCAUAAUUGUUUGGCAGUAGCUCAUGCAAAUAGAUGAGGAUGGGCUUAUCACAAUAUUAUAAAGAACAUUUCACUACUAUCCCUCCACUAUCAAGGCUAACAAUGGGUUUAUAUUUCAUUGUCAUCACGGCAACAUUUUUUCCUUCUUGAAGUCAUUGAUGGAUCUCCAGGAACACAGGGACCCCUUUCAAACAGUCAGCAUCUUAUAAUGAGAUGUGGUCCUCAUGAUCCUGUUGCCUCUAUAUUGUAAAAUAAUGUCUCUCUGGCCAAUAGCGUUUAAAAGAGUCUUUAUUGUCCUUUGGUAGAUGAACACGAGAACUGAGAAUUUAACUGGCUUUCAAAUGCAUCCAGUUUCUGAGCCAGAAGCAUACCAGUAGAGAACAAAUGGCAUGAAAAGCACAGAAAGCUGUGCUAGCUCAUUUGGUUUACUACUGUCUGCAUUUAUAAACUGUGAUUCUCGAAGGGGUCACUACCUGGUUAUGGCCAGAAAUUGAAAAGCACAAACUGUUUCCUGUUGCUACAUCUCUCGGAGCGCCUUAUUCAAGAGAUGGCAGGAUUCCCUACAUCUAACCGUGUCAGAGUACAUUUUAAUCAGGAGGAGCUUCUGUCGCACUCCGAAGGAAAUAAGGACUGCUGCCUGCAGUGUAUUUUGAUGGCGUGCAACCGUUAGGUGCCACAAAACAACAUCAUUUUGCAAUUAAAAAGACAUUGUCUUAGCCACAACAUGAGACAAUUUAAGAAAACCCCAUUUCCUAACUACAGAAAAUCUGUUAGAUGUACUAUAAAGGAAAACUUUAUUCCUACUGAGCAAAUCAAGUCUUGGAAGAGUUGAAUUAUUUGAAAUUUUUCCCACAGGGAUAUGAAGCCCAUUAUAGAAAAUUUUCUAGUAUAAACUUCACAAAUAAUUUUUUUUUAAAUGUUAUCUAAUUCUGGGUUUUAUUUAAUUGGCCAAACUAAGUAAUAAUUUUAAUUAGCAAUUUUAUGAUGUUUGUGUGUCUAUAUUUUUCUUGGCUGUACACCGCCUUGAGUCCUAUGGGAGAAAGGCGGUAUAGAAAUAUAAUAGAUAAAUAAAUAAAUAAAUAAAUAAAUAAAUAAAUAAAUAAAUAAAUAAAUAAAUAAGCUUAUGCAUCAGGGGAGGAAUGGCCAAUAAAACAUGAGUCAUGUUUAUAUGGUAUUGCAGUCCACGAUGUGUAUGGUAGGACAUACUAGACUGAUGUGGGAAAAAGAAGAUCCAUUCUUCAGCCUGCUUCUUUGCUAUGCAGGUAGUCCUUGAGUUACAACCACAAUUGAAUCCAACAUGUAUGCUGCAAAGUGAAACAUAUCUCAAGUGAGUUUUGCCCAUUGCACAACCUUUCUUGCCACAGUUGUUAAAUGAAUCAUUGCAGUUAUAAAGUUAGUAACCCAGUUGUUAAGUGAAUCUGGCUUCCCCAUUUUAUUUUUUUUAAUUUGAUUUAUAUGCCGCCCUUCUCCGGAGACUCAAGGCGGCUUACAAUGCGUUAAGCAAUAGCCUUCAUUCUUUUGUAUAUUUUAUACAAAGUCAGCUUAUUGCCCCCACAAACUGGGUCCUCAUUUCAUCUACCUUAGAAAGGAUGGAAGGCUGAGUCAACCUUGAGCCUUGGAGAGAUUCGAACCAGCAGAAAUUGCAGGCAGCUGUGUUAAUAACAGGGUGCACUAAACCACUGUACUAUCAAGGUUCCCAUUGACUUUGCUCACCAGAAGGUUGCAACGGCUGAUCACAUGACCCUGAGACACUGCAACUGUCAUAAAUAUGAGCCAAUUGCCAAGUAUCUGAAUUUUGAUCAUGUGACCAUGGGGAUGCUGCACUGGUCCUAAGUGUGAAAAAUGGUCAUAAGUCACUUUUUUCAGUGCCGCUGUAACUUUGAAUGGUCACUGAAUGAACUGUUGUAAGUCGAGGACUACCUGCACUCACCUGCUAUAAUCUUCAAUCUGCUCUUGUCCAGAUAUCUUCUGAUUAUAAUACACAAAUUUUCCAGGCUAGCUUAUCCGGAUCUCUUUUCAGCUUGACCUUAUAUCUGCAAUUGACCUUUUUUUUUUAAUUUAUGCACAGCUAACCUUUAGAUAUUGCAUACAAGAGCUCAAUAUAAACAAAAGGGGGGGGGAGAUAAAUGACAGGUCUUCAGCAAUUCCUAAAUUGAGCCUUCGUGGCGCAGCGGACUAAAGUACUGUUAAGUAACAGUAGCUGCCUGCAAUUACUACAAGUUCAAAUCUCACCAGGCUCAAGGUUGACUCAGCCUUCCAUCUUUUCGAGGUAGGUAAAAUGAGGACCCGGAUUGUGGGGGCAAUAAGCUGACUUUGUAUAAAAAAAGAACACUGCUUGGGGGGGGCGAAAGCCCUACUAAGCAGGUAUAUACAAAAGUAUGAAGGCUAUUGCUUAAUGCAUUGUAAGCCGCCCUGAGUCUCCGGAGAAGGGCGGCAUAUAGAUCGAACCAAUAAAUAAAUAAAUAAAUAAAUAAAUAAAGUAAACAACCCAAUUAAUAUUAUUUAAGAAGCAAGCAUUUCAUUCAUAAUGGAAUAAAGGGAAUAUUGUGCAGUGUAAAGUAUAAAAAUAUAUUUUAGAACCAAAAUGCAAGCAAUGGUGAAGUUUUUGCUAGUGAUGUGAUACCUCUCUCAAUACGUAUUCUUGGUGCAAGCAGAAGCCGGCUUCAAAUAUAUGACUGCCAUAUUAUCAGUGUUAUCCCAGUGCUGUAAAAAUUACAGCUUACUGGUUCCUCGUUCACGCUUUUUAAAAUAUGCUCACUCUAUGUGCAUGAUUAUGCUUAGCUGCAUUGAUCAAACUUAAUGCAUUGUCCAUUCCUUUUCUGGUUCCUGGUUACAAUUUGGAAAUUUCUGUGAUUUUAAAUUUGCGCCUCACAACGGAGGAAAAAUGUUUAAUAUGACACCAAUAUUGCCCGAUGGUUUCAAUUUUAUGCAUAUUUUAUAUUGCUUUAAUCUUGCUUUCAAGGCAACCUUGAGCCACGAUGGCGCAGUGGUGAGAGUGCGGUACUGCAAGCUAAUUCUGCUGAUUGCCAGGAGUUCAGUCCUCACUGGCUCAAGGUUGACUCCGCUUUCCAUGCUGAGGACCCAGAUUGAGUAAAAUGAGGACCCAGAUUGUUGGGGGCAAUAUGCUGACUCUGUAAACUGCUUAGAGAGGGCUGUAAAAGCACUGUGAAGUAAUAUAUAAGUCUAAGUGCUAGUGCUCUCUGUUAUCAGUUCUUAACAUGUCAACCUCUGAAGAUAUGCCAAUGCUGCUUCUACAAAUGGCAAUGACUUAUCUAGUUCUCAGAUAAGAAGAUUCUUUUUUUUAAAACCAGUCCAUGGUUUAGAGACCUUUUAUCCCGAAGAAGAAAAGUACCAGUGAUGUGUUUCAGAUCUUAACCUUUCCUAUAUUGAUAUGAGUCAUUAUGAUCAUGACAAAACUGUCAUGAUCAAAAUGACUCAUACCUGACAAAACUGUCUAACCCAGGGGUAUCAAACUCGUGUCAUCACAGCAUCACCAUGUGACUUAUCGCGACUUUUUCCCUCUUCACUAAACCGGGUGUGGGCGUGGCCAGCGUAUGACGCAUCUGGCCCGCAGGCCACGAGUUUGACAGCCCUGGUCUAACCUGUUUGGUGAUUCAUGAGUAAACCAUCAUGUAGGCUGCCAUUUUGUCUCCACAUGUGUUUGUGGUAUGGAGCAUUUGUAGCAGUCUGAAGAACAUUUUAACACUUCACUGUGUGGACAAAACGCAAUGUGGGUCAGUCUCAAGGCUGUUUUAAAUCAGUCUUACUAAUUAUACACCUAUCAAAGCUUCCAAGGAUUACUGAAUUCUCACAUCUGAUGUGUAAAGAUAAAAUAAGUCUAUUGAAUUAAAAUUGCUUCUUAUUUCUGUUAACUAUAUUAUUCAUCAAUUUCCCCAUGCACAUUAUUUAUAUAUAGUAAGAUAAAGCUGAUGUCAACAACAUAGAAACAGUAUUAAAAGUAUACAUGUAAAAGCACUUAUAUUUUCAUAUUUGUAUUACAGUCUUUGUAUAGAACUAUAACACUGUAAAACCAUACAUAAUUACUUUGAUUUGACAUAACAAGUUGUUUUGAAAACAGAGUUCAUCAGUCACAUCUUGAACUGUAAAUAAUUAAGGAAAAAAACUUGUCAAAUUAUAGUCUAUUACUUUUUUUGUUAAUCAAACGGAUGUUAAGAAAUGAUUAAACAUUCUUGUGUAGAAGUGUUAAACCCUU